GAGAGAGAGAUGAGAGAUGCUAAGCAGCAACGCCUUUGUGUAUAGUUUAUAAUACAUCUAUUACCUCAGCAGUCCAAGACUGGUAAUAAUCAGAUUCUACAGCGGAACUUGCUGGACUAUUUCAGCUAUUUUCAUCAUUUUCAUCUGACAACAAGACAAGAUGUCGGCAACAUGCAGCAAAGAUUCCACCAACAUGAGGAUAGUUCUGCUGGGUACGCCUGGAGCAGGGAAGAGUGCAACAGGAAACACCAUCCUGGGGAGAGAGGUGUUCAGAGAGGAGACUGGAGCAGGGAAGAGUGUGUUGGGGGAAAGAGAGGUGGAGGGGAGGAGCAUCACUGUGAUUGACACUCCUGGUAUUUACAGUACAACACUGACUGAAGAACAACUGAAUGAGGAAAUUAAAAGGUGCAUCUCUCUCUCUUCUCCAGGCCCCCAUGUGUUCCUUCUGGUUAUCAGGCUGGAGACAUUCACACAGGAAGACAGGGAUGCUUUGUCAUGGAUCCAGAAAAACUUUGGUGAGGAGGCCUUGAGUUACACCAUGGUCUUAUUCACCGGAAGAGAAAAACUAACCAGGAAGCAAUGGGAUGACUUUGAGAGGACUGAAACAACUAAACAACCAAUCAGUGUGUGUGGAGAAAGGUAUUAUGCCCUCAACAGUAAGCCAGAGGUCUACACCACUCAGGUCACAGAGCUGCUGAGGAAGAUAGAAGAGAUGGUGGAGAGGAAUGGAGGUGGUCACUACCUAGAGGAGAGGUACCAGGAGGCUCAGAGAAAGAUCAGAGAGGAGCAGGAGAGGGAGAAGAAAAUAGAGGAGAGCCAGUGGUUCUCAGCGGCAGUGAAGAGAUUAGAACUGGGAUAA